AGUCCGCUAGUGGGGUUGGGGCGUGCCAGGGCGUGGCGUGCGCUGGCUCCGCUAGCUGCGCGUUGUGGCGUGCGUUCGGCACAGGCCGCACAGGCACAGCGCCAACGCCGAGCCGAGCACCGCCGAGCUCGGUGUGAAAGUGCGUGAGUGGCUGCGAGGCUGGGAGUUGGCCGAGGCGCGAGUGCACCCAGCGGAGUGGAGUAGCGUGUGGAUAGCGGGGCUCAGCCUCUCAGCCAGGAUGCGGGCGGCGCGCGGCCCGGCGCGAGACUAGCGCCACCAUGGGCAGCAGUUGCUCCUCGGGCCAGAAGCAUAAGGACAACGCCUCCACACGAUCUCAAGAGUCCCCGACCUAUCAGGGCGGGCCGGGCGUCGGGGCUCACGGCGCGAACCACCACCAUGCGCCGCCCCCGGCAACGGCGGCCCCCGCGGGGGCGGCUCAAGGCGGCACCCAGCCCGCCAAGCCGACCCCACCCGCCCCCGCCGCCGCCCCCGCGAAGCCGAGCGAGCCUGAGCGGGGCGUAGUGGCGUCCACCACCUCAGAGUCGGUGGCCGCGGACGACGGGCGCGACGUGCUGCCGCCGCCGCUGGACAAGCUGGCCGACGACCUGGGCCGCCUGCUGCUGGGCAGGGCGACCACCGCCAACCGGCCGGCCGCCAGGACCAACAGGAUCGCCAUCUACGUGUGCGCGGCCGACGCCGAAGACUGCUGCGUGGAGAAGGGCGCGCUGCACCGCCACGUGUACCCGGAGCUGCGGGCAGCCUGCCGGGAGCGCGGCUACGAGCUGCACGUCGUGGACCUGCACUGGCGGACCGCGCUGGAGAAGCGGCAGGACCACGAGUUCCCGGAGCUGUGCCUCGGCGAGCUUGCACGCCAGCAGGAGACGGCGUACGUGGUCCCGGUGCUGUUCCUCAACACGUCCCUGGGCACGCCACUGCUGCCCAACACCAUCGAGUCGCAGGACUUCGAGAAGGCGCUCGCCAAGGCGGAGGACAAGGCGCUGCUCACCAAGUGGUACUCUCUGGACAACCAUGCGCAGCCGCCCUGCUACCGCCUCAGCCCGCCCACGCGCUACAUUCCGGGACUCAAGGGGGACUGCCCGGCCGAGGGCCCGCUGUCCGAGUGGCGCCAGGAGGUCGAACGCACGCUGGCCGUGCUGCAGGCCGUCCUGCCCACCGAGCUGAGGGACACCUACCUCAGCACCGCCCUGGAGCAGGAGGUGCACAACACGGUGUGCAUGUCGCAGGAGAUGGCGCGGCGUACGCUGUGGCUGCACCGCGUGUACACACACCAGCCCCCCGCGGACCCCGCCGCCCCCACCCCCACCCCGCAGGAGGUGGAGCUGCGGCGCCGCCUCGACGGCAUCCACCAGCUGCUCAAGGCCCAGCUCGUGGAGAAGCACAUCCUCCGCAUGUCCGUCAAGUACUGCGACGGCGGGCUGCCGCCGCCCGACCAGCCCGAGCACACCCAGUACGUGUCCGACGUGACGGCGCAGCUGUCCAGCUCGCUGCGGAACAUCGUGGACGCCAUCAUCGACGAGGACCAGGCCCGGACGGUGGGCAAGCCCGGCCUCGGCCUGGACAACCGGUUAGUGCUGGAGCUGGGCCACCAGGCCGGCGUCUGCCAGCGCGCCUCGCAGUGCAGCGUGAACCGAGACGCCGUCAUCGCGCAGGUCAAGAGCUACGUGGAGGGCAAGUGCCGCGCGCCGCUGGUGGUGACGGGCCCGCGCGGCUGCGGCAAGUCCACGCUUUUGGCCAGGGUGGCGGAGAGCAGCUCCACCUGGGCCUGCUCGGCGGCGGCGGGCACCGCUGCGCCACUGCUCGCGCUGCGCUUCUGCGGCGUCUCGGCCGAGUCCAUGACCUUGGAGAGGGUCCUGGCCAGCAUCGGGCAGCAGUGCCAGCUGCUGUGGAACGCCGGUCACGCCUGGGCCAGCCACACCGUGGACAGCUGGCGAGAGAAGCUGCCCGAGCUGCUGGCCGGCGCGGCCUCCAAGCGCACGCUGGUCGUCAUGCUGGACGGCAUGGACCUGCUCAAGGCCUACGGCACCGUCAGCGCCGACUGGGUCCCCGCCGAGCUCCCCGACAACGUGAAGCUCAUCGUGACGCUGUGGGACGGCAGCGGCAUGCUGGCCGCGCUCCGGGCGCGCCUGCCCGCCAGCGCCUUCAUCUCGAUGCCGAAGCUGGACCAGACGGAGGCGGCCGGCGUGCUCAACGCCUGGGUCAUGCAAUACAACCACAGCGUGCCGAAGCGCGUCCAGGACUGCGUCAUGGCCUCGGACUGCACCUUGCCGUUGCACGCCAAGGUGCUGGCCUGGCAGACGUCCUGGGAGCAGAGCGUCACGCCGCGCGGCAACGUGGAGGACCAGCUGCAGCUGCUGCUGGACCAGCUGGAGGAGAUCCUCGGCAAGAAGCAGGUGGCCCACGCCGCGGCGCUGGUCUCGGCCGCCAAGUACGGCGUCAGCGACUCCGAGAUGCUGGACCUGCUCGCGCACGACGCCGCCUUCCACUCCACCGAGACCCACGUGCCCUGGGCGCCGGCCUGCAUGUUCUGGGCGCGCUUCAACAAGCUGCUGGCCCCGUUCCUGCAGUGGGUGCUCUGCGACGGCGAGCUGGUCUUGCAGUGGCGGGACGCCGCCGUCCGGGACGCCGUGGACGCGCGCUACAAGGAGAAGGAGGGCGCGGCGGCGGCCAAGGCCCUGCUGGACUACUUCCAGGGGUCUUGGUGGGCGGAGCGGUCGCCGCCACUCCUGGGCAGGCUGCAGCCCAUGUGCAACCUGGCCAACCCGGACAAGUGCUACAACAGCCGGCGGCUGCAGGAGCUGCCGUUCCAGGCGCACGCCGUCAAGGGCUCCAUCAAGAAGGACUUCCUGCUGGACCUGGGCUGGGUGUACGACAAGGUGUGCGGCACGGACGUGUUCCAGGUCCUGGAGGACAUCGCGCUGGAGCGCUCCAGCGACGCGGACGUGCAGUGGCUGGAGGCGACCCUCCGGGACGCGGCGCCGGCGCUCGCGCUCGACGGCCGCCAGCUCCACUCGCAGUUGUUCCGGCGGCUGACGCUGGACUUCCCGGCGGCGACGCCGCCCCCGGCCACCGCCCCCGGCACGGCCCCCACCGCCCCCGAGCCCGCCGAGUGGGUGUCGGUGGCGGCGGGCCGCGCGCUGCCGCGGGACGCCCUGGCCGUGUGCGUCGCGCCCCCCGCGCCCGCGCUGCUCCCCAUCCCCGCCAAGGUCCCCGACGACCUGCCUGACCGGCUGGACCUCGUGGUGCGCAUCCGCGACUACCCGGACUACGUCGUCGCCGUGUCCACCGCCAAGGAGGAGAUCGCCGUCUGGGACAUCCUGAGGUGCGAGCGAGUCCGCGUGCUGCGCGGCGUGCCGCAGCCGCUGAGCCUGCAGCCCGUGGACUCGACGCGCUGCAUCGUGCUCUGCCAGCGCGAGCUGCGCAUCUACGACCUGGACGCCUGCACGCUGCUGGCCAAGCUCAAGGGGGUCAUGAACCAGAAGAUGCCGUACUUCGGGCUGCACGACCAGUCGCACCUCGUCGCGCUGUCCAGGAACAGGAUGUACGUGAACCUCAUGAACCUGGACUCCGGCGACUGCGUGACCACCUUCAAGGCGGGCGAAGACCGCUUCCUAAACUCGCUCCUCGUCUCCGGGGACGGCCGCGUGCUGGUGUGCGGUGACGAGACCCAGAAGCCGUUCCCGCUGCUCGUGUGGAACCUGGCGUCGCGCAAGCUGCUCUACGACCUGCGUAUUCCUCACCACGACUUCGUGACGUCACUCGCCGCCAUCACUCACGAGGGCCACUACGUGAGCUGCGUCGCGCAGGAAGUGGACGAGCCGAGCGCCAACUUCAUCGUGGUGUACGACCUGCAGUCCGGCACGCUGUUCAAGAAGUGGAAGCCGGGCGUCAACACCGUGUCGCUCAACAUCUCCUCGCGCGACGGCUGCGUCAUCUCGGGGCUGCAGGACGGCCGCGUGCUCGUGUGGGACCUCAUCACGGGCAACUGCCGUUGGACGCUGUCGGGCCACACGGCCCCCGUGGACUACCUGCGGCUCGACGCGCAGGGCGGCACCUUCUUGUCGGCGGACUCCAAGUGCCGAGACAGAUCACUCAGACUAUGGGACCUGAACAAAGGGACGCUCGUGGCAGUGUACACGGCGCGGCAGCCAGUCACGGCGUGCGAGGUGACGCACGGCGGGGAGGUCCUGGUGCUGGCCGAGGAGGGCGCGGGCCACCCCACCACGCUGCGCCUGCGCGGCCGCGCCGCCACCACCCCGCCCGGCCUCGCCGGCCCCGGCCCCGCCCCGCCGCAGCCCGGACAGCCCGGCCAGCCCAGCCAGCCCAGCCGGUACUUCGGCCAGCCGCAACACCACGGCCGCAUCGUCGACUUCAGGUGA